AUGGAGCGCGGGAAGCAGAAAAUUGAGAAAACGCGUGGGCAUGGAGUUGAUGAGAAGAAAGCGGAAAGAGUGUUUUGUGAUGUUUUAGCAGAAUUUGUUCGCUCGUGGAAAUUAUCAAAAGACAUCAAAUUUCCAGCUGCAAAUUUGUUGCAAGGAGGCAAAUGGUUAAGUGAGAGAAAAUCACGUAGUAGUGUGAACGAUGUCACACUAAGUUUUGGAGAAGCAUAUUCAAUCAGUCACAUUGAUGUAGGAAACUGUGGAUCUUCAUUUAUAACCAUAGAGGUGUCUCGAGGCCAACAAAGGUAUCAGACAUUGUUACCAUCAACAGAGCUCAUGAGUGGCAGAGAUGCACAAGCCAAAAAGAACUGGAGCUCUGUGCACAUGUUCUCAAAAGAACACUUUGUUGAGGAUGUAGUAGAACAGAAGUGGAAUACGGUGAGAGUAACCUGCUUACAGCCCUUCCUUCAAAAUGAACAAUUUGGCCUCUCAUUCUUAAAGAUAUUUUCCAUAGCAGAAGAUGAACUUCCUGUGCAGCCUACGCAACAGUUGCCACCACCAGGAUCUGUAUUUCAAAUGAUGCGAGACGGCACUUUAGGAAGAGCGGGUCCAAUGGUUGUAAAUCGUUCCCAGCAGCUUGUUUUAGCUGCUAUAGAAAAUCAAAGAACAUCCUUGAAAUGUAGUUCUGAUUUGAGAGAGGCAGCUGAGUCGUCUUCAAAUGGCAGGGAUAGUUUGCCUGACAAAACAGAUCUAUCUUUAAGCAAACCAAAUAACAGAAAACACGUACUUAAUGGUUCUGCAAGGAAAAGUCUUUAUAAUAAGAACUGCCAGGAUAGUGCCACAAAAUCACAUACACCACCAACUACCCAUAAGUCAUUUUCUCCCUCCUCAGCAAACUCUAACAAGAGUAUAGAAUCUUAUUUUGAAAGACAAUCUCAUGAAGCAAGACAAAGUUCAUCUUCAACAGUCAGCAAUCGGAAGCGCACACCACCUUAUGAUGCUUCUGGGAAAUCUGUAGGAUCAUUGCAAAAAAAGCAAAGAACAUCAGCUCUCUCACCUUCAAGUGUUGUGAAUAAUAUGAAAUCUCCUGUCCGAAAAGCUACAAGCAGAAGAAAGCUUUGGUCUAGUGGUAAUCAGUUAAAAUUAUUGCAAAGGCAAGAUCAUUCAUUCCAUGGUGGACUCAAAUUUACAGAAAUCAAUGAUGUCACAGAAAUUUCAGACUCUGAUAGUGAUACUUUCACAGCUGUGUCACCUGAAGCUGGCGUAUCUACCAGACAAGAGCUGAUUGAUUGUGACAGUGAUGAAGACACUAUUAUUAAUUUACAUGUAGAAAAGACCCGUAAAGAAAGGAAUGAUAACAAAGAAGUGGUCACUUUAUCUAGUCCAGAACAUUCAUCUUCAAAUAUUUUAUCAUUAGAGAGAUAUGCAGUGCCAGGUCCUUCCGGAAUUGCUUGCCCACUAUGCUCUGACUAUUUUGAUGUAUCGUCUAUUGAACAACAUGCCGCUGCGUGUGGCUUAACAUCAGGAACUGAUGAUUCGAAUUUACGUAAUUUUCCCUCAUUAACUGAGAUCAAUGGUUCAUGGAAAAUGAUUGGUGACAUUAAGGAAAUGCCCGAAGUGCUAGAUGUGGGACCUCAGCUAGAGCAAUUGGUUGCUAAGCAGCCAGAAAAGCAGUUACCUUAUGUGGCUGUGCGGGGAUCUGUGAAGGCUUUGGGCUCACCACUGCACUCAUUAGGUGCACCUGAUGUUCCUGCUGUCAUCCAGAAGCUCACUUGCAAAGAGCAUGUUGUGGCGGAUCAGGAGCGCACUCUGCAAGAAACUGUAAACUCGGUGCCAUUUGCCCUGACUGGCCAUAAGGGAACAAGGGUGGAGGUGGUAGAUGCACUUGCAGCAGAGGUGCUUGACCUAGAGACUGUAGUUGACCACUUUGAACCUAGUGCACCAGGGUUGGUUGAUCAUCUAUGGGGGUUUUUCACUGGUGUCCGCCAACGUGGCUUGCAAAACACAGAAGAUGUAUUGCGUGAAGGUGCAUUGCUUACUGGAGUGGGCACAUUAACUCUCGUUCCCAGUGAUCCAAAAGGAGAUCUGCAUCUUGUUCCACCUGCUGAUGGUGCUCCUUUCUUCCUAACUGCAAUGUCAUUGCACACAUUGGCACGACAUCUUGACCGUGAAAAGCGAAUGUACAAGUGGUUGGCUGUGACAUUUGGUGCAGUAGGUCUCAUACUGGUAGGAGCUGCUGCACGUCGCUGGUGGCGCAGUGCAGAAAGAAGAGCUGCUGAUGCUGCAGCACGUGAAGCCACAGAGGUAGAACGACGUGAACGACGGCGGCGGGCCCGAAGUGCAAGAGACAGAGAUAAUGUACCUGAAGCUCUGCUGUGUGUUGUUUGCAGACUUCGUGAACGUGAACUGGUUCUUCUACCAUGUGGACAUGUGUGCCUUUGUGAAGAAUGUGGAGAAGCAGUUGGCCCACGAUGCCCUGUAUGCCGAGCACAAAUUGAGAAACGCACUGCUGCAUAUGUAGCGGUGAAGAAUAUCUGUUACUUAGUUGAUCAAGGAGCUAUUUUUAAUCAAGAUUUAUCAGAAACAACAAUUUCUCUGAAUUUUAAACUUCAGUGUUCAUUUUUACAGAAGUUACCACAGGCCACAGUGCCUGAAUCGCGUGCUGAUUGUAUUCUUUGGUUUUUCUCAAAUAAAAACCAA